AUGUCGGACGCAGGAGAGGAUUUCCAGGAACAUCCAGAGCGUCGAAAAUGGUACAUAUAUCAAAUGCCCAGUGCUGCUACUUCUGAUGCUGAAACUUUCAAGGCCACUCACAUCGAUCUCAAUGUAAUCAUUGAGACCCGCGAUACGAUGAUUCCCCUGCCUGUACCGCCUUUGAGGUUGGAUGAGAGUCCACAGUACCACCAGAAUUGA